GCCACGCCCCUGGCCCACCAGUCCACCCACAGGACACAGGUGACCAACGACACCCGCUUCUCACUCCUCCUUCCUCGCCAAUGGCCGCCGCCGUCCCAACCGCUCCCGCCCGCCUCUUCCUCCUCCAGUCCACCCCGUCCCCGAACCCUAGCAGCGCGGCCGCCGCCGCUCAAGCUCCAGUCCUCCGCGUACCGCCCCUCCGCCUCUCGCUAUCCCGGCGCAUGGCUGGGCGCCCGCUGACGGUGAUCGCGGGCGCCUCCGGCGACUCCGAACGGGACAUCAGCGCCUCCGCGGUCUCCCUGGAGGCCCUGGACUCCGUCGCCUCCGAUUCCGACCUGGAGGCGAAGGAGCCGAGCGUGGCGACGAUGCUGACGAGCUUCGAGAACUCGUUCGAUAAGUAUGGGGCUCUGAGCACACCGCUGUACCAGACCGCCACCUUUAAGCAGCCUUCAGCUACAGAUUAUGGACCUUAUGAUUAUACUAGAAGUGGUAACCCCACUCGUGAUGUUCUCCAGAGCCUUAUGGCUAAGCUUGAGAAGGCAGAUCAAGCAUUCUGCUUCACCAGUGGGAUGGCAGCAUUAGCUGCAGUAACACACCUCCUUAAGGCUGGACAAGAAAUAGUUGCUGGUGAGGACAUAUAUGGUGGCUCUGAUCGUCUUCUCUCGCAAGUUGUCCCGAGAAAUGGAAUAGUUGUAAACCGAGUAGAUACAACGAAUAUUAGUGAUGUGGUGUCUGCAAUUGGACCCUCCACUAGACUAGUUUGGCUUGAAAGUCCCACAAACCCUCGUCAGCAAAUUACUGACAUUAAGACAAUCUCAGAGAUAGCACAUUCUCAUGGUGCUCUUGUUUUGGUAGACAACAGCAUCAUGUCUCCAGUGCUCUCCCGUCCUAUAGAACUGGGAGCUGAUAUCGUGAUGCACUCAGCUACCAAAUUUGUAGCUGGACAUAGUGAUCUUAUGGCUGGAAUUCUUGCAGUAAAGGGUGAAAGCUUGGCUAAAGAGAUAGCAUUUCUGCAAAAUGCUGAAGGGACAGGUUUGGCACCUUUUGACUGCUGGCUUUGCUUGAGGGGAAUCAAAACCAUGGCUUUGCGGGUGGAGAAACAACAGGCUAAUGCCCAGAAGAUUGCUGAAUUCCUAGCGUCUCACCCGAGGGUCAAGCAAGUGAACUACGCCGGGCUUCCUGACCAUCCUGGGCGGUCUUUACACUAUUCUCAGGUAGGAGUACCUUUUAUUUUCCAUGCUGCAGCGCUAGCUUAUUUGACCUCCAGGACUGUCCUGAUCAGUAAUGCCUGUUACAUUUUCUCUCUCGCUCAUCAGGCAAAGGGAGCGGGCUCUGUUCUCAGUUUCCUCACCGGUUCAUUGGCUCUCUCAAAGCACGUCGUCGAGACCACCAAGCACUUCAGCGUAACAGUCAGCUUCGGGAGCGUGAAGUCCCUCAUCAGCCUGCCGUGCUUCAUGUCCCACGCAGCAAUCCCUGCUGCGGUCCGCGAGGAGCGCGGCCUGACCGACGACCUCGUCCGGAUAUCGGUCGGCAUCGAGGACGUCGAGGACCUCAUCGCCGAUCUGGACCGCGCGCUCAGAACCAGCCCAGCAUAGAAAGGAAAGAAGUAGUAGAUCGUUAGGUCACGUGAGAUAUCUUGAUGAUUCAUUGGUGGACUGCUUGAGUGAUAAUAAUGAAAUAAUGGGAACGUUUUCCCCUGUGUGCUAGGAGUGUUCACCUUGGGUGCCCGACGUGUGGAGUUGUGGGCUUGUGUGGGCUGUGGCCACCGGUAGCAGUUGCCGCGGCGAGCCAACAUGCCUGUGGUUCUUGUUCUUCCAUGCAUGCCCUAGAUUGUGCGCCCUGGAAUUCUGUGCUGCUACUUCCCAAUUUUGCGUGGUGCACUACAAGCUCAAACACAAGAAUCUUUGAAGCUCAAA